GCGCCUCCACCUCCUCUUCCUAAAGCGGCUGGGCGCAGACGAGCGGCAUCACUCGAGCCCCGGUCCCAGCUACCGCCACACACAGCGCCCCGCAUUCAGGAGGAGGAGCAGCAGAGGAGGCGGCGGCAACCGCGGCCGACGGGCGCCAGAAAGGCCCGGGUCGAAAAGCCUGGGAGGGCCGCCGAAAUACCCCCCGGAGGAGGAGCCAGUCCCAGCUCAAGGCGCCACCGCCGCAGAAGCAGUGCGGAGCAGCAGUCGCCUUCAUGGCCCACUCACCGGUGGCGGUCCAAGUGCCCGGGAUGCAGAAUAAUAUAGCCGAUCCUGAAGAACUGUUCACAAAAUUAGAACGCAUUGGGAAAGGCUCCUUUGGAGAAGUUUUCAAAGGAAUUGAUAACCGUACCCAGCAAGUGGUUGCUAUUAAAAUCAUAGACCUUGAGGAAGCCGAAGAUGAAAUUGAAGACAUUCAGCAAGAAAUAACUGUUUUGAGUCAGUGUGACAGCUCAUAUGUAACAAAAUACUAUGGAUCAUAUUUAAAGGGUUCAAAAUUAUGGAUAAUAAUGGAAUACUUGGGUGGCGGUUCAGCGCUGGAUCUUCUGCGAGCUGGUCCAUUUGAUGAAUUCCAGAUCGCUACCAUGCUAAAGGAAAUUUUGAAAGGUCUGGACUAUCUGCAUUCAGAAAAGAAAAUUCACCGAGACAUAAAAGCUGCCAAUGUCUUGCUGUCAGAACAAGGAGAUGUUAAACUUGCUGACUUUGGAGUUGCUGGCCAGCUGACAGAUACACAAAUUAAAAGAAAUACCUUUGUGGGAACACCAUUUUGGAUGGCUCCUGAAGUUAUUCAACAGUCAGCUUAUGAUUCAAAAGCCGACAUUUGGUCAUUGGGAAUUACGGCUAUUGAACUAGCCAAGGGAGAGCCACCUAACUCUGAUAUGCAUCCAAUGAGAGUUCUGUUUCUUAUUCCAAAAAACAAUCCUCCAACUCUUGUUGGAGACUUUACUAAGUCCUUUAAGGAGUUUAUUGAUGCUUGCCUGAACAAAGAUCCAUCAUUUCGUCCUACAGCUAAAGAACUUCUGAAACACAAAUUCAUUGUAAAAAAUUCAAAGAAGACUUCUUAUCUGACUGAACUGAUAGAUCGAUUUAAGAGAUGGAAGGCAGAAGGACACAGUGAUGAUGAAUCUGAUUCUGAGGGCUCCGAUUCGGAAUCCACUAGCAGGGAAAAUAAUACUCAUCCUGAAUGGAGCUUUACCACCGUGCGAAAGAAGCCUGAUCCAAAGAAACUGCAAAAUGGGGCUGAGCAAGACCUUGUGCAAACCCUGAGCUGUUUGUCUAUGAUAAUCACUCCUGCGUUUGCUGAACUUAAACAACAGGAUGAGAAUAAUGCCAGCAGGAAUCAGGCAAUUGAAGAACUUGAGAAAAGUAUUGCUGUGGCUGAAACCGCCUGUCCUGGCAUCACAGAUAAAAUGGUGAAGAAAUUAAUUGAAAAAUUUCAAAAGUGCUCAGCAGAUGAAUCCCCCUAAGAAACUUAUUAUUGGCUUCUAUUUCAUAUGGACCCAGAGAAACCCACCAAAGUUACUUCAAGCUUAACUCAUGAGCUCCAUGUGCCUUUUGGAUCUUUGCGACAUUGAAGAUUUGGAAGAAGCUAUUCAACUAUUUUGUGAUGGUGUUUAUCAUUUUAUAUUUUAAAGAGAUUAUUUUGUAAGGGAUAACUUUUAAUACUAUAGUUUCAUCUGUAUUCUAGUAAAGGUUAAGCUACAGGUUUGCUUUUAGUUAUCAUUAUUACUUAAGUUACUAGGAUGAAUACUUUUCAUGUUUUGAUCUUUAGUUAACUGUACACUGAUGAAACAUACAGGUCUUUCAAAGUCAUCCUAAAUAUUCAACUUUUGUAAAUCAUCAAGCCUCAUAAAGCUUUUUUUUUUAACAAAAGCAUAUUCUAAAAAUGACUAUUGGUGGGGAGGUAGAAACAAGUCAUGCCUUCUUAAAACAGAAGUUUUUAAUAAGCUCUUGGAAAUGAAACCUGAAAAAGUAUUGACUCUUCUACCAAGUUGGUGUGAUAUUCCAGGCAGCUCGAUGAUGACCACAUUUGAGAGCCCUGUGUUUGACGUAUUUAUAGGCAAUAUGCAGCAACAGAGGUACCUCUUGGUGUACAGUAUUUACUUUCUCUUUUAGAAGAGGCAAUUAAUCCUUAUUUAACAUUGUUGAGAAUUUAAAACAAUACCAAUUAGCCAAGGAUUUUUUUUUUGGUAAUACUGUAGGAAUUAGUCGGGCUUCAUUUUUAAAAUCUUCAACUCAAAUAGCAUAUAACAUGCUUGGAUUUGGGGAGCUUAAAAAAAGCUAAUCAUGUGAUUAAAUACCUGAUCAACAGGUAUGACUAUAACUUACACCAGCAUAUUUUUGUCAUGGUAGUAAAAUGUCCUAUAAACUAUUUAUACAUUUUUGUUCUUCAUAAUUAUCUGAUACAUAAGCAUCAUGUUUUCAUUUUUGAAAGGGUAUUUAAAUAGUCAUUUUCUAGUUCAUAUGAAAAUAACCAUAGUACAGGAUGAUUUCUGUCCGUACAAAGGUAAGUUAGACUGUACUGUUGAUUUUCAGUUAUAUUUAUGGUACUGUUAUGUGGGUAAUACCUUUUUCUUUUAAGCCCAGUAGAAUUAUUGAUAUUAAUUAGUUUUGAUAGUCAGUGCUUUACUGUUUGGAACUGCACAAAUUGGUUUUUGCACAAAAGUCAUUUUUUUAAAAUCUGAAUAAUUGCCAAAUAUUAGAAGAAAGAUAUUCUUCAAGUAAAGUGUGCAAUUUUUAGUCAAAGUGGCCAUUACCUCCUCUCUUUUUUGUAAUAAUACAGACACUUGAAUAAGUUGUUGUCAUGUCACAUGCCAAGAAAAUUCUUUUCAUUGGUGCCUAUACUGUAACAGUUACUUUUAACACAUUGUAUUUUGAAGUAAUGGUUCAGUUAAAAAAUUUCACCUGCUAUGUAACUGAAAUUAAUUACAAUUUAUAAUCUGUAGCGGUCAGGAAAUAAUUUUGCAACUCAUAUUAUGAAUUAAAUGAAUAUUUUUGUAAAAGCAACAAAUUUAUAAAUUGAUUAUCUGAAACUUUACAACACAACUACAUCAUGGAUAGAAAUUGUAGUGCUUAUUCAUUAUAGUUAUUAGUCCUGUAAAUUGUUCCUAGGUGCAGCAUACACCAGUGUUUGGGGGGGGGUGGGAAAGGUUAAAAAUAAAUAUUUAAAUUCCUCAGUC